ACAACUCCCUCUGUGAUAACAACAACUCUCCCUGUGACAAACACAACUUUCCCUGUAACCAACACAAAUCCCCACAUGACAAACACAACUUUUCCUGUAACAAACACAACUCUACCACUGACACACACAACUCCCCCUGUGACAAACACAACUAUCCCCGUGACAAACACAACUAUCCCCGUGACAAACACAACUAUCCCCGUGACAAACACAACUAUCCCCGUAACAAACACAACUAUCCCCGUAACCAACACAACUCCCCUCGUGACAAACACAACUGUUCCAGUGACAAACACAACUCUACCACUGGCACACACAACUAUCCCCAUGACAAACACAACUGUCUCCGUGACUAACACAACUGUCCUCGUGACAAACACAACUCCCUCUGUGAUAACAACAACUCUCCCCGUUACAAACACAACUUUUCCUGUAACAAACACAACUCUACCCCUGACAAACACAACUCUACCACUGACACACACAACUCCCCCUGUGACAAACACAACUGUCUCCGUGACUAACACAACUGUCUUCGUGACAAACACAACUAUCCCCAUGACAAACACAACUCCCUCUAUGAUAACAACUCUCCCUAUGACAAACACAACUUUCCCUGUAACCAACACAACUCCCCCCGUGACAAACACAACUUUUCCAGUGACAAACACAACUGUCCCUGUAACAAACACAACUGUCCCUGUAACAAACACAACUCUACCACUGACACACACAACUCCCCCUGUGACAAACACAACUGUCUCCGUGACUAACACAACUGUCCUCCUGACAAACACAACUCCCUCUGUGAUAACAACUCUCCCCGUGACAAACACAACUUUUCCUGUAACAAACACAACUCUACCCCUGACAAACACAACUCUACCACUGACACACACAACUCCCCCUGUGACAAACACAACUGUCUCCGUGACUAACACAACUGUCUUCAUGACAAACACAACUCCAUCUGUGAUAACAACAACUCUCCCUGUGACAAACACAACUUUUCCUGUAACAAACACAACUCUACCCCUGACAAACACAACUCUACCACUGACACACACAACUCCCCCUGUGACAAACACAACUGUCUCCGUGACAAACACAACUGUCUCCGUGACAAACACAACUGUCUCCGUGACAAACACAACUGUCCCCGUGACAAACACAACUGUCCCCGUGACAAACACAACUGUCCCUGUGACAAACACAACUCCCUCUGUGAUAACAGCAACUCUCUCCGUGACAAACACAACUGUCCCCGUGACAAACACAACUCCCUCUGUGAUAACAGCAACUCUCCCCGUGACAAACACAACUCCCUCUGUGAUAACAGCAACUCUCCCUGUAACAAACACAACUCUACCACUGACACACACAACUCCCCCUGUGACAAACACAACUCCCCCUGUGACAAACACAACUGUCUUCGUGACAAACACAACUAUCCCCAUGACAAACACAACUCCCUCUGUAAUAACAACUCUCUGUGUGACAAACACAACUGUCCCCCGUGACAAACACAACUUUUCCAGUGACAAACACAACUGUCCCAGUGACAAACACAACUGUCCCAGUGACAAACACAACUGUCCCGGUGACAAACACAACUCCCCUUGUGACAAAAACAACUGUCCCGGUGACAAACACAACUCCCCUCGUGACAAACACAACUCCCCCCGUGACAAACACAACUCUACCACUGACACACACAACUUCCCCUGUGACAAACUGUCUUCGUGACAAACACAACUGUCCCUGUGACAUACACAACUGUCCCCAUGACAAACACAACUCCCUCUGUGACAACAACUUUUCCCGUGACAGACACAACUUUCCCUGUAACCAACACAACUGUCGUGAGAAACACAACUUUCCCGGUGACAAACACAACUGUCCCUGUAACCAAUACAACUCCCCCCGUGACAAACACAACUUUUCCAGUGACAAACACAGUAUUUCCCGGUGACAAACACAACUGUCCCUGUAACAAUGGCAAACACAACUACGUCUAUGAUGGUUACCGCAACCCCUCACAAUACAACAUCUGCCAAUAUGUCAACUAUUCCAGUGUCUGUUGUAACCACUCCAUUGGCAGCCACCACUCCCAUAAUGACAAACACAACUCUGAUUUCCACUGCUGUCACAAGUCCAACUCCACCUAUUAUGACUACUACUGUUACUUUGACAAGCUUUCAAACAACAGCAACCACAACCACUCCCAAUACAACAAGAACUAGUCCUGCGACAACCUCAGCUAUUGUCACGAAGAUAACCACUUCAUUGGCGACAACCUUCUCUCCCACCACCUUCACAAGAAGACAGGCACUGUCAUGGUGUCAACUGCAAAGUCUACAGCAACAUCUCCAACCACAACAACCCCAGCCACCAGAAUCACACCACCAACCACAGCAUCAACCCUAAAAGACACAACGGCAACCCCAGAUAUCAUUCUGAUACCUGAGACAGCUGAAGAUGGAGUGAUACAUCUAAGGAUCAACAUAGCAUCCAGUAAUGAGCUCAGCCAAAAAGCCAUCAAUGAACUUGUGGAACAGUUCCUGGCUGAAAGAACCAGAAGUGUUCGUGUGACCAACAUCCAAGGGCCCAUAGUGUCCCCACAUGUAUGAACAUCAGAAAUUGUCAAAAAAGACUCAUUACCAGAUAGUUAGCCAAGGACGAUCAUUCAUCGUGAUCCUGUUUGUGUUACCGCGACGAUCUACAGUGAGUCAACACGUUUCACAUUCACGCCCUAUAAGACGUGACAGUGGACAUCCCACAGUGUGAUUUUCACAAUGCAGUGUCAUGGGAGACGUGGCUGCCACGCUGACAGGAAUAACAAUUACGCGUCAUGACAAAACCUCCCAUACUAACUGUGUGACUGUUGUUCCUGUAAGUCAAGGAAUCAGUUUCCUUUCACAUGAGAUUGUGAAUUGUUAAUCUUGUUGUAUGGCUGGGGGGCCUGGCUGCCUUUUGUUUCUGUCUUUUGUUUUUCCUUCCAGGUGGCUUGCAUUUGGGACUGAGUGGCUGUGU